AUGCCUACCCUCGAUAUAUACCAUAUCCGUAACAACCCAGAACUCUACGCUGAAACCUGCCUGUCACGAAACUUACCUAACCUCGCCUCCAGCCCAUUCCGCAUCAUUAAGCUCAUGUACUAUCACCAGGCUUUGCAGUGGGCUGUAAAAUCUUUAUGUGAACGCGCAAAUGCUUUAGACAACGAGCUUCUAGUGCUGGAAGAAGAGGGGAAGAAUAUUCAAGAAAAGCUCAAGGAAGCGAGGGAGAUCAAGAUCAAGAUUCUUGAAGUUGAAGAGGUGGAGGUGGAUAUCAUGAGCAAGAUAGAGGACUUGGCGCUGGCGUUACCCAAUAUUUUAAGCAAGGAGACUCCGAGAGGGCCCGACUGGGAUUAUAUCUGCUCUGCCAACGCCGAUGAGAAAGUCAUUCAGAUCAAGGACAGCAAAGGAAAGCAUAUUCAUCAUUUCGACAUCGGAAAGCAGCUCGGAAUCCUCGACUUUGCUUCUGUCGACGCUGCCUCCAGCAAGGGAUGGUACUAUCUCGUCGGCGUCGGCGCCCUCUUAGAACAGGCCCUUGUCUCCUAUGCUCUCACCUUCACAACUCGCAACGGCUGGACUCCCGUCUCGCCCCCGUCCCUAGUCCGCUCUCAAAUUUCUGCCGCCUGCGGGUUUCAAGCUCAGGAUAGUAGCGGCAAGCAACAGGUUUACAACAUUGCGCAGGAUGAGAAGGAUAAGACUAGAGGUGUGCCUGGGCUGAGCCUGACGAGGACAAGCGGUAUUGCAUUGGCUGGUAUGAUGGCAAACAAAAUAAUCCCGGAGGAAUUGCCGCUGAGAAGGGUCGCUGCUUCAAGAUGCUAUAGGCCUGAGGCUGGGCCAGAUACGGAGGGAUUGUACAGAGUGAAUGAGUUCACUAAGGUGGAGUUAUUUGCCUGGACGAAGCCAGACGAGGAAGAGAUGGGGUACUUCUUCGACGAAAUCAUCGACAUUCAAACUGAUAUCCUCGGCGCCCUCGGAAUUACGUGCCGUGUCCUCGAUAUGCCAGUCCAAAACCUCAGAGCCAGAGAGGCCCGUAGAGUCGCGAUCAAAGCCUUCUUCCCCUUCCGCGCCGUGGAGUCGACGGUUGGCGACGAGGAUGAGAAGCGAAGCUGGAAAUGGGGUGAUGGGGUUCCCGUGGACGGUACAUGGGACGGUGUUGGCGGUGCCGAGGGUUGUGGCGGCGUUGCUAGAGAUUGGAUGGGAUGCGGAUGA